CGCACGUCGUCGCUAGACUAGACCAUUAACAAUUGCUUCCACGAUGAGACUGCAUUUGACCCUAAUCCUGGGAUUUUUGCUGGCUGGCCUGGAGUUGGCCCACUCACAGGGCACUAAAUAUGGACUUUGGACUCCGGAUCGAGCCCACUCGGAUUCCCAGCCCAUUCAGUGGACGGGUGGUCAGUUUGAGUUUCCCUGCGCCAGCACCAAGUCGCUAUUCAAGAGUUCCGGAAAGUUUAUACCCAAGAAUGUGAUUGCCACACGGGCCCAGCUCAUUGGGGAUACCAUCUAUUUGGCCCUGCCGCGCUAUAGGAAGGGAGUUCCUGCCACUCUGGUGAAGACAAAUGUGAAACCGGGCACCUGCUCUACGACCUUUAAGCCCUAUCCCUGCUGGGAUCUCCAGGAGGAGGGCAACUGCAAGGCCCUGCAAUCGGUGGUGGAUCUGGUGGUGGACCAAAACGAGGUGCUCUGGGUUUUGGACACUGGUAUUGUUAACACCCUGGAGACCCCGGUGCGCAAGUGUCCCCCCAAAGUGGUGGCCAUGUCGGUGAAAACGGGCAAGGUGCUGAAAACCGUCUCCCUGGAGGGUUUAACCUCUAGCAGUUCCAGGCUCCAAUAUCUGGUGGUGGACUAUGCCCCCGAUGGCGGUUGUUUUGUCUAUGUCAGUGAUGCCGCCAAUCGGGCCAUUAUCGUCUAUAACCUCCAGGCGGAUCGGGGAUUCAGGGUGGUGCUGCCCAAGGCAGUUACCGCAGGAUGUCGGUCCAGGGAUGUCCUCUACAUAGCCCUCAUCCGCCGGGACUGUGGAUCCACGGAGCUCUACUUCACCUAUUUGAGCACCAGCAAGCUGUUCUCCCUGAAAUCUGAAUAUCUGCGCAGUGGAGUGGCCGAUGGACGCAUUUUGGAUCUCGGCAAGAAGCCCAGUCGCAUGGUCAUCAUUGGCACGGACAAUGGCUCGGCGAUUUUCUUCCGGAACGAGGGCGACGCGGAGGUCUACCGCUGGGACACGAACUCCACGUUUGUGGAGACAAACUUCAAGCCAGUUUACCGCAGCCAGACCUGCCAGCUGGUGACCCAUGCGGUGCCCGAUUACAAGCGGAAUACGAUGCGGGUCCUGCAGAGCAAUUUCCCCGAUUACAUGCAGAAUCGCGUUGGCUGCGGGGCCAUCCAGCAGUUGGGUCUGAUGCAGGGCUGUUGGUAACCAGGUUAAUACCCGCUUUUUGGCACCCCUCCCCUGAAAACCCAUCCCAUACAAUCCAAUGGAAUAGAUUCCGAACUGAAAACUAAAGUGCCAGGCAGUUAGAUUGGCAAUAACCAAGAAUGAGUUGGUUUUUUUUUUAGUUUUUCGGGCCCUCGAGUGCAGUUCGUGUUUGGUAUUGGUAUUUUGUACAUAAACUAACGACUUUGGUCGCACUUGUUGUUAUCUAAGCUAAGCAAAUAAACGUUUCAUUUUUGUACGAA